AUGGAAAGCAGAAGAAUAACUAAUUAUAGAGGUAUUAUUGCUCUCAUCUCAAAAGUUCAGGCCAAUAAUGAAAUACAACUAUACGAGGCUUUUUUAAAACGUAAUAUUUGUAAAUUUUGUGCCGCCUUAGAAAAAAAUGAAAAUCCUUUCAAGAAACUGCCGGAUCAAGAUUUGUGUGUAUUCUAUCAAGCUUUACAGACGCCCGGUUGUUCAGCAUUUAUAAAAGAAUCUUUGAAAGCUGUUUUUCAUAUACCGAAAGAUCCCUACUUUUUUUACAAAGCUACAAAAUUUGCAUGUAACUCAGAAGAUCCUGACAACUUCGAAGCACUUUGCAGUUAUAAAACUGUUGUAUAUAUGGAUUUAUUCCUACUUGAUACAUUGACCAAGAAACUUAACAAUGACAAUGUUAUGAACUUAAAACAAUUCAUACAAUAUGCCCUACGUUUUGGUGUAUCACCCAAUAUAGCGCAACAAGAGGAAAUAACUCCUCUACAUAAUGUUAUAGAAAAUAUACAUUUAGAUUAUGCUAAUAAAUGGCAAAUUAUACAAAUAUUUCUGCUUUAUCCAGACAUUGAUAUCGAUACCUUUAGGCAGGGUGAAGUGAGAAAUAUAUUGGAAAGGGAUUAUCCGAAUAUAAAAUUGCCGGAGCGAAUAACCACAAUUAAAUCCCUAAAGAAUUGCUUAAAAUCGAGUAAUAUUAAGCGAUUUAAUUUAAUCUAUUCUGAACAUUUACACACUAAUAGUGGAGAGGACGUUAAUAAUGUAUUGUUAUUGGAAUCGAUAGUGCUAGAAGAAGAUGAAGCUUUUGAUAUUAUUUUUCGUAUUUUAAAAGAUAAUGUCCCGUACGAAUCAGUUUGCUUAUUUAUUCAAAUUGCUUACGAAACUGGAAAUGCCCGGGCUUUAUAUAAGCUUUUAACAAUUCAUGAUAUAAAACUUUAUCCAAAUUUGUUUAAAGAUUUUGUUAAUUAUCUGUUUCGUAAAUCAAGACAUGAUGUAACACUCUAUAACAAAAUUUUAAAUUGUUUUUACUUUAUAUUGGAUUUUGAACAAAUUGAUAUCAAUGAACUGGACUAUUAUGAAGGCACUGCCCUUCAUAGGGCCAUACAACAAGGUUAUGUUGAUUUGACAAAAAUUCUUUUAAAAAAAGGAGCUAACCUUUGUAUUAAACAUGAUAAACAGCAAAUACCUUUAAUUAGCCUACCACCGGCCAUAUUGGAAGAACAUUUAGAUGACUGUAUUACCACUAACUGGUACUUUGGUAGUGAUCCAGAAACGACUGAAAUAAAGAUUAGUUUUAAAAACUUUAACACCAAGAAAUGGAAUGUAAUUAUAUCGAAACAAGUUUUACCAGCGAUAGCUUGUAUGGCCAAAUCGCCAACACAUCGUUACCUAUUACAGCAUCCAGUUAUAUCCAGUAUUUUACACCUCAAAUGGCAAAAAGCUUCUUAUAUAUUCUACACAAAUUUCUAUCUUUGUUUGUUCUUUAUCGUCUCCAUUAUAACACAUAUCAUAUUGAACAUUAGCCUUGGUAAUCAUGAGACUGCUGUAGGAAUAUCACUUACGUGUUCCUGCUUAGGCAUGACAUACUUGUUUAUUAGGGAAUGUAUACAAUUUGUAAUAUCACCUUGGAAGUACUUGAAAUGUUUUCGCAAUUAUAUGGAAAUCUUGUUAAUAAUAUUUGCCAUAUUAAGUUGUUUGUAUAGCAAUAGAGACCUGGAGGUAGCUUGUAUUUUACUCUUGGCCUAUGAGUUAUUUUGCUUGGUUGGCUCAUUACCCAUUGCUGUCAUUUCCACGCAUAUGCUAAUGCUGGAGACUGUAUGCAUAAGUUUUAUCAAGAGUUUCCUCUUCUACUCAAUAUUCAUAUUCACAUUUACCUUGUGUUUUUAUAUCAAAAGUGAUCAAGAAUCUGAUAAAGCGUCAGUUAUAAGCAGCGAGGAGGAAUUCAAUAGAUUCUCUACUCCUAUGAAAGGCUUUUUCAAGACAAUUGUCAUGUUUAUCGGAGAAAUUGAUGCCAGCAACUUAAAUCUGGACUCCAGUUACAGUUUGUUGCUGUUUCUCUCCUUCAUUUUAUUCAUGACAUUAAUAUUGUUUAAUCUGCUCAAUGGUCUGGCGGUAAGUGAUACUCAGGAAAUUAGAAAUCAAGCGGAAUUUAAUGGUAUUAUCUGUCGCAUCAAUUCGUGUUCAACAAUGGAUGAGCGUACGUCGGCUCAAGCAUUAGCAGUUUUAAAUAAAAAAUCUGCUUUACAUAUUUAA